GCCCAGACCCAUGCCGUGUGAUAAAUUAUCCGACCUGUCACCGAACUCCCUCCAACUUGCCUAUUGACAUUCCUAAUUCGAUUUCGUCAUUUUUUGAUCUUUAAUCAGAAAAGUUACACUUUCGUAAAGGAAACAAAAAUUACUAUGGUCAAGAAUCUACACUGCUGGGUAGCUGAUUCCCAUACGGGCCAAAUCCCAAAUAAAUAAACGCAGAAGCCCGAAAACUCACAGCCCGCAAAUUUCGUAAAGGAAACAAAAUUACUAUGGUCAAGAAUCUACACUGUUGGGUAGCUCAUUCCCAUACGGGCCAAAGCCCAAAUAAAUAAACGCAGAAGCCCGAAAAUUCACAGCCCGCCCGCAAAGUAAAGCUUUUUAGUACAAAAAUAAUUAAUGGCUUCGCCCGGGUUCGAACCGGAGACCUUCAGUGUGUUAGACUGACGUGAUAACCAACUACACCACGAAACCGUUUGUUGUUAAUUUUGAACCAUUAUUUUAAUGAUCCUUUUUUGUCGACGCGGGAAUGAAUUUGAAAGAGAGAACUUUCCCUCUUCUCGGUUGGCGGGCGGCCGCACAACACUGACUCUCCCGCCGCGUUACGGAUUCUUCCUCUCCAAUCCUCCCUUUUCUGAAAAGUUUUCUCCCAAAAUUUCCCGACUCCGUAUCCGUUUCAAACUCCUACCAAAAAAAAACCCCACAACUUUCCUCUUCUUCUCCGCAGACGCUUCUUCUCUCUUUAUUUUCCAUAUCCUCCCUCCCUCGAUCUCUCUCUGCAACUCUCUCACCGAAGCUAACAAUGGCUACCACAUCUAGAUGGAUUCGCCCCGAGGUGUUCCCUCUGUUUGCUACUAUUGGUGUGGCGGUAGGGAUUUGCGGGAUGCAGCUCGUCAGGAAUAUAACUGGAAAUCCUGAAGUCAGGGUGACGAAGGAGAACAGAGCAGCUGGGAUUCUUGACAACCACGAGGAAGGCGAGAAGUACAAAGAACACGCGUUGAGGAAGUACGUUCGCACCAAGCGCCCUGAAGUCAUGCCAGGCAUCAAUGGCUUCUUCUCUGAUCCUCGCUGAACCAACCCCCCAAACACCAGUUAGGGUUUUCUGUUUCAGGGCACAUUGAUGUUUAAGAUUGGGUAGUGAGUGGUGGAUGAAUAAGAAUUGAUCCAAUUCAUUUUUGCAGCUUUGAUUGAUGCUGCCAUUAGAAAUUAUAUUCCAGUUGUUACAAAAUUCAUUGUGUGGAUUUGACCCUGAAUUUAGAUUACAUGUUCUUCAGAAUAUAUGCCUGCGACUUUG